AUGGCAUUUAUGGGCUUACUUUUCUCCUGUAUGCUGAUGAACAUCCCGGCAGAUGCCCGAUCAAUCCAGGAUGGAGGUGAUCUUUACCAGGAGCCUGCAGCCUUGCCAUACUGGCCCUUCUCAUCCAGUGAUUUCUGGUCCUACGUGGAAUAUUUCCGGACCCUGGGAGCCUACAACAGGAUCGAAGAAAUGGCCAGAGCCUUGUUUGCUCAGUUCCCUUUCGGGAGCCACCUUGGCUACCAUGUGCCCAACCACGAGCACUAA